AGAAAAAGACGAAGAAAAGCGCAGAACCCCUCCCGCGGACAGAACCAUGUUCUCCUGCACGUUCCUCCUGCUGCUUGCUCCUCACGUGCUCUCCUCGACUCAUGUCGCAGUGAUCUCCCCUCAGGAUCCCGUCCUGCGCAUCGGCUCCAGUCUGACCGCCACGUGCACGCUGAGCCCCGAGCUCGGCCUCCGCUCCAGCACGCUGUACUGGACGCUGAACGGGAUGCGUCUGUCCAGCAGCACCUACGGCGCCGUGAGCCCCGACGCCCUCGGUGUCACCAUCCACAACCUCAACGGCUCCCGGCAGCAGUCUGGAGACAACCUCGUGUGUCACGGAGCAGAUGGACACGUCCUGGCUGGUUCAUGUCUCUACGUGGGCAUGCCUCCAGAAAAACCAGUUAAUUUGACGUGCUGGUCCCACAACACCAAGGACUUGAGCUGCAGGUGGAGGCCGGGGGGGUGGGGCGAGACCCAUAUCCGAACCAAAUACACCCUCAAGUACAAACUGAGGUGGUACGGCAGAGAGAAGGAGUGUGAAAAUGACAGCGCAGGGAAGCAGCGUUACUCCUGCCACAUCCCCCGCAACCUCGCCCUCUUCACCCCGUAUGAGAUCUGGGUGGAGGCGGCCAAUCAGCUGGGCUCCGCCACCUCUGACAUCACCACCCUCGACAUCCUCGAUGUAGUGACCACCGACCCUCCUGCCAAUGUGCAGGUGAGUCGCGUCGGCGACCUUGAGGACCAGCUGACGGUCCGCUGGGCCAGCCCCCCCGAGCUCAAGGACGUCCUGUUUCAGGCCAAAUAUCAGAUCCGCUACAGACUGGAGGACAGCACUGAAUGGAAGGUGGUGGAUGAUGUAGGUAACCAGACCUCAUGUCGGCUGGCCGGCCUCCAGCCCGGGACCGUCUAUUUUGUCCAGGUGAGGUGCAAUCCAGUGGGCAUCUAUGGCUCCAGGAAGGCCGGCAUCUGGAGCGACUGGAGCCACCCGGCUGCCGCCUCCACCCCCAGCAGUGGGCGGCUGCAGAGCGGCUCGUGCGAUCCUAAGCCCGGUCAGCAGAACUCCACCUUGCGGCGGGAACUCAAGCAGUUCUUCGGCUGGGUCCGCAAGCACGCGUCCGGCUGCAGCGGCAUGUCGAUCAAACUGUACGACCAGUGGAGGGUGUGGCUGCAGAAAACGCACAAAACGCGCAACCAGGUAGAUUCUACAAGACGAUAAUUCAUAGCACCGCCGCUCAGCACCACCGUGGUGUUUAAUUCAAGAACAGCAUCAAGAAACACUGACAGAUAACGGCCCCCGAAGGUCCCAUCUGUGCGAGAGGUCCAACGCCCUCAGCCUGAGGGAUACUGCAGUGUUUGGUCAUACAGCCUCAACUUGAGUUUAAAGGGCCCGGGUGGAAGAUAAAUGAAGUGAGACAAUGCAGCCUUGUUCUGCCGUUUCCGCUGGGCCAAUCUGUCUGUUAGAUCUGUUCGCACAAACACAAAUAUUUAGACCCUCAGUAACUGCACUUUUAUUCAGUGCACAGAACAAAGUGUACAAUCCUGAACCUGCUGUUCCAGGUCAAGCAGCAUUUUUUUAGGUAUUAUCGCAAAUCUUGUAAUGUUUUCUCCCAGCAAAUCCGCAUAUGUGAGAUCCCCGUGAUCGAUGAUCCCAUUAGGACAGUUAGCACUACAUGUGUUACUAUUGGAAAUAAUUAGUUCAGUGUUGGCCUGCAAUUAACAAUUAUUUUUUAUUGGUUGAUCUGCUGAUAAGCUUCUCAACUAACUGAUUAAUUGUACAUCUAUAAAAUAUCGAAAAAUUGUGAAAAACAGUCAGUGGGCAUUUCCAAGGUGACACCUUCAGAUCUUUUGUCUGAGCAGCUGUGGAAAACCCAAAAAUAUUGUUUAAAAUGAUAUGAACAAGGGGAAUCAAACACUCACAACUGAGAAACUGGAACCAGUGAAUGUUCUGCUACAAAUUGAUCAAUUAGCAAAAUAGAGGCCAGUAAUUUUUGGACAGUCCGACUAAGCUGUUGUUUCUGUUGUAGUUCAGUGAACUAAUGAGCGGUUUUAAACACAGUAAUCAAACAGGGAUUUCUCUAAAAUGUUGUCUCAAACCAUUCAUGUAGUUUAGUACAACACAGUAUCAGUAAUUGUAAUAAGGCCUCACUUUGUGUAAAAUGUAUAUACUGUCCUGUGUCUUUGUAGACUAUGUAAAGACAUUUUCAUAAUGUUUAUAUUUUUAUAACUGCAUAUUUAAAGAAUAUUUUUGUCUAAGUUAUAUUAAUUUACAGCACCAAUAAUGCCU